AUGUCGCUCGCGACUCCCACUGCGACCUGGGAUACCAUUCAAGAUGUGUUCUACAGGAAAGAAGAGAUUUAUACAAUGUCAUGGCGUAUACCCGAUCUAUCUGAGUAUAUAAUAGCCGUAGGGAAGAAUGGUGGACCUAUCGCAAUGAUAAGAGAUGACAGAAGACCAUUAAUCUCAUCGAGACAUCCAGGAAAACCGAAGAUAAACGUAUACACUUCAUCUGGAAUAGCAUUAUCGACUAUACCAUGGGAUUUAUCAACACCCAUCUUGAUGCAUUUCACUAUUUCUUCACUGAUAGUACUUUCCGAUGAAGGUGUAUAUAGGGUGUACGAUCUAUCAAACACGAGUGAUUACAAGCAAUAUUCGUUGGGAGAAGAUGUAAAAGAAAGUGGUAUAAUAGAUGCGGUGGCUUAUGAAGAUGGGAUGGUGAUCCUUACAGGCUCAUUAGGUUGGAUAGAAUUAAGAGGUUGGUCAGGUGGAAGAGGUAUACCUCUACUCAAUGUUGGCCUCACUGAACCACCCACAUCGUGGACAAUCCUAUCACCUGAUAUCUCACCAACGGGACAUGUUCAACUCCUAAUUUCAACCUCUUCCACCAUUCUUACCCUUGACGCAUUAGAAAAGAUUGAUCAACGUAUAUCCAGAGGACCGUUCUCUCAUAUACGCGUAUCACCCAAUGGUCGUUUCUUAGCUUUGAUAACUGCUACAGGAAAUUUAUGGGUCGUCUCAUCUGAUUUUAGUAGGAAUCUAUCAGAAGUUGAUAUAGGAGAAUUAAGUGAUGGUGCUGGAUUGCCUGAUAAGGUUGAAUGGUGUGGAGAUAAUGCAAUAACAUUGGUUUGUGGUGGAAGAGUGGUCGUAGUUGGUCCAAGAGGAGAAUCAUUAUCUUGGGAUUAUCCACCUUCAGCAUACAUAGUAGGAGAAAUCGAUGGCUUGAGAAUCAUAUCUUCUGCUUCAUGUGAAUUCGUACAAAAGGUACCCGACUGCACUUUAGCUGUCUUCUCUCCUGGGUCAUCACAUCCCGCUGCAAUACUAUACGAUGCGUUGGAUCAUUUCGAACGUAAAUCACCUAAAGCAGAUGAAAGUAUACGCAGUAUAAGACCGGAUCUGGCAAAUGCAGUAGAUACCUGUGUAGAAGCUGCAGGUAGGGAAAUCGAAGUCAAUUGGCAAAGAAGGUUGCUAAAGGCCGCUCAAUUCGGACGAGCGUUUAUGGACCUGUAUAAUCCUAGUGAUUUCGUUGCUAUGGCCCAGACUUUGAAAGUGUUGAACGCAGUGAGGUAUUACGAGACUGGGAUUCCCAUAACAUAUGAGCAAUUCAUCGCUUCAUCCCCUUCCGUCCUAAUCCUACAUCUCGUGUCACGGAAUCUGCAUCUUCUUGCGUUGCGUAUUUCUCAACAUCUUGGACUACGACCGGAUGCAGUACUAUCACAUUGGGCAUCAGCAAAGAUAAUAAGGUCGUCCCAACAAGGAGUUGAUCCCUCAGAUAGAGGUGCGGGUGACGAUGAGGGUGUAUGUCGAGCCAUCGUAGAGAAAUUUGAAAAGGAAGGAGAAAGAGGUGUGAGCUAUGCUGAGAUCGCAAGGAAAGCUUGGGAAAAUGGUAGAGCUAGAUUAGCGACUAUGUUACUGGAUCACGAACCCCGAGCCGCGGAACAAGUCCCAUUACUGCUACGGAUGAAAGAGGAGAAGAUAGCUUUGGAAAAAGCUGUUGACUCGGGUGAUACGGAUCUGGUCUACCAAGUUCUCCUUCAUCUUCGAUCUUCUCUUUCUCCUGGAGAUUUCUUUCACAUACUGGACGAUUCGAUCUCACCAAACCUUCGCCCGGCAGUCAACUUGCUACAAGUAUACGCCAGACAGGCUGAUAGAGAUUUACUGAGAGAUUUUUACUAUCAAGAUGAUAGACGAACGGAGAGCGGUUGUUUGGAAAUGGAAGAAGCUGGUCAAAUGGAUCAUACCGAAGACAGGUUGGAGCAUCUUAAAAUGGCUGCAAAGUACUUUGGGGAAAGUAAAGAGAGGUUGUUUGAAUCAAAAAUGGCAGAGGACGCUCAUCGUCUAUUGACUCUUCAGCAAACGUAUGAACGUGAAUUGGACAACAAAUUCGUCUUUUCGGGAUUAUCGGUAAAUGCUUUUAUACACAGGUUGCUCAUGGAAGGCUUCAGUAAAAGAGCAGAAAGAGUAAGGACAGACUGGAAAGUGCCCGAUAAACGAUUCUGGUGGAUCAAAUUGAAAGCUUUAGCUGAAAGCAAAAAUUGGGAAGGCCUAGAAAAUUUCGCUAAGAGUAAGAAAAGCCCAAUUGGGUAUGAACCUUUUGUGAAUCACUUGCUUUCACUUACACCACCUCAACCUGCCCAAGCUGCAAGCUACGUCCCUCGGUGUGAUCCGAAAUCAAGAGCUGAUUUAUACGUUGCAUGUGGAGAUUGGGGUAAGGCCGCUGAGUCUGCUAAAGACCGCAAUGAUAAGAGCAAACUCGAUGAAUUGAGAAGAAGAGCACCUAAUGGGAUAGCUCAAAGAGAAGUUGACGAGGUGAUUAGGAGGGUCGGGAAGUAA